GCCCUGCGGUGCUUGCCUGCCCCAGGGAGCCCGUCCAUGUUGACAGUGGGCAGUGGAGCCUCCCCCUCGCCAGCCGGAGCUAUAUAAAGCCACCCGGACGUCCACAGCCCCGCUGCCCGCCGGUGACCAUGAAGGCUGUCGUCCUCACCCUGCUGGCCGUCGGCUUGGCCCUGCAGCCAAGCAGCGCCCUGCAGUGCUACUCCUGCGAGGACCAGGUCAGCAAUGAGGACUGCCUGCACGUGAAGAACUGCAGCCGCUCUGAGACCCACUGCUGGACCGAGCGCAUCCGUGCUGUUGGUGUCCUGACCAUCCUUAACAAGGGCUGCAGCUCGAACUGCGUGGAGACCUUCCAGGACUACUACUUGGGCAAGAAGAACAUCACGUGUUGCUCCACUAACCUGUGCAAUGUCGACGGGACCCACGCCCUGCAGCCGGCUCUUGUCUCUGUGGUGCUGCUCCCUGCUCUCAGUGGCCUGCUGCUCUGGGGCCCUAGUUGGAUGUAGGAUGCAGGACUCCACUGUGUCCCAGGGUCCCCGGGGCACUCUUCACACACACCUUGUCCCACUGAGGCCCCUCCUGGACCCUAACUCAGAUCGGGCCCUGGCCAUCUGCCCUUUCUAGGCUUCCAUGUCCCCCCCUCAAGGACUCUUGCCCAGCUCCCACUGCCCAGCAGGUUGGGCUCCAUUGAUGCGGAACAGCCUGCACACAGUCCAUACACCCCCCAUAUUCCAGCCUACCACUUAACCCUUGCUCAGGCAUGCUCUUCCUCCAGGAAGCCUUCCCUGGCCACUCCCUCCACCUUGACCAACUGAGCUAUGUCCCACUCAUGGGGUCAUGUGCAAUCAGCAAGGAGCAGGCACUCAGGAGGGCCCCACAAAAGCUGAGAUGAAAUGUGCUGAGUAGAAUUAGGGGCAGGGAGUGAGAGGGCCUGGGAGCCCCAAGAGAUGAGGUUUGGAGGGGGUCCAGCUCCCAAUGUCCCUGGGAAUCCUGGGGCAGUAACCCCAGCACCCAGUAGACCGUUAAUAAAGUCCCACUGACUCAGCCGCAAA